UGCGAUACGGGGGUUUGCAAAUUGUCUAUGAUUGCGAAAGAAACGCGACGUACAGCACGUUGUGUUUGCGUCCGAGCUGGACCGAACCGAACCGAGCCGAGACAACAACAGCAGCAGCAGUGUAGACUCGAAGCAGAACAAGAAGAAGAAGAAGAAAAACAAACAAACAAACAAAAAAAAACAACCGACCUUCUUCAAAACCUCGAAGUCUAUUUUAAAUAUUUUAAUUUCGGGACUGACAGACACAGCUGACUACUCCCUCACGUGCGCGUGUAUUUUUUUAACGUGCAUGUUUGCACGAGACUGGACCUGUGAUACCUAACGUGCAUUUUGUAAACAACUCAAAGAGAAGAAGAAGAAGAGGAGGAGGAGGAGGAGGAAGAAGAAGAAAUGGAGAAGGCGAACGGCUUCUCGUCGGACAGAAACAUCCUCUGCUUGUUUGACGUGGACGGCACCUUGACGCCACCUAGAGAGAAAAUCGACCCACAGCUGGAUGAGUUUUUCCAGGCUCUGCGGAGGAAAGUGAAGAUUGGCAUUGUGGGAGGUUCAGACUACUCCAAGAUAGCAGAGCAGCUCGGCGAGGGGGAUGAUGUGAUACACAAGUUUGACUAUGUAUUUGCUGAGAACGGGACAGUGCAGUACAAAGAUGGGAAACUCCUCUCAAAACAUGCCAUUCAGAACCAGAUUGGGGAGGAGCUGCUGCAGGAUCUGAUCAACUUCUGCCUCAGCUACAUGGGGCUUAUCAAGCUGCCAAAGAAAAGGGGAACGUUCAUUGAGUUCAGGAAUGGAAUGCUCAACAUUUCCCCCAUUGGCCGGAGCUGCACACUCGAGGAGCGAAUCGAAUUCUCUGAAAUCGACAAGAGAGAGAAGAUCAGGGAGAAAUUUGUUGCUGCCCUGAAAAAGGAGUUUGCUGGAAAAGGACUACGGUUCACUAAAGGUGGUCUCAUCAGCUUUGACGUUUUCCCAGAGGGCUGGGACAAGAGACUGUGUCUAGACGUGCUAGAGCGUGAAGGUCUAGACACCAUCUACUUCUUUGGCAACGAGACCUCAGAUGGAGGAAACGACUAUGAAAUUUUCAACGAUCCACGGACCGUCGGUUUCACAGUCUAUUCUCCAAAGGACACAGCCAGGCUCUGUCGGGAGCUUUUCUGUGAUGCUCCACCACACGAAUCCUGAUGUCCUGAACUGCUCGCACCCCUACCCCAAUCCCUUUACCCACAAACCUCUUUGACUUCCCGCCUGUUGGUCUCUGCUUGUGUGACAACAAGCAACUUAAACCCAGGCCGUUAUUGAACUGCUGAAAGGUAUCACUACUGAUUUUUCUCCAUAUUAUUAAUAUGAUGCUCCUAAAUACAGAUGGACAUUUUGUUAAAAAAGGGGACAAUACUGAAGAAGUUUUAAGUACUGUGUGAGAAUGUGUUUGGCUGCAGUGUCACACCACUGCAAUGUGUAGCAUGUAACAUAAAAUUAACCAAAAAGCUUAGAGAUGUUAUAAAAUAAUGUUGAAAGGUAUUAAUCCAGAUUAUAGAACGAUGUUUUGCACUAAUGUUGGUAUUACGAGUUUAUACCAAGUGAUGGUAUGGUCAGACUGAACACAGCUGAAAGAGGUGAGGUGAAAAUAGGUGAUCUGGAAAAUGAGAUAUGAAUGAAAAGACAGGGAAAAAAAAGGAGAAUACAUUAAAGGAUGUAUGAACCAUUCCAGAUAUUUUAAUGUCUUUGCCGUGCUUUCAGCUGGAUGUGAUCCAUUCUUGGAUCCAUUCUUCUUUACUGUGCGAUCCCCUGAAUGUCAAAUGUUUGUUUUAAUCUCACAAAACUGCCGGAAAUGAAAGAAGGUAGUUCUGUUUAUUGGGGUUUUUUUUUGGCCCCCAAGGUUCUUUAAAUUGAUUUUAAGUGAAGAUUUAUCAGAUUUCUAUUUAAAACUGACUCAAAGAAUUCAUCUUAACCAGUGAAUUAAGCUACUGUGACCAAGUCACUCUUCAAACUUUUGUCAAUCAGUAUGACAGCGUUUUAUGUAAAAUAUUUUUACGAGUUGUAUCAUGGCCUGCACGCUGAAUACUGGGCAACUGUAUUGAUGCGCGUUGCUUGGUUUCCUGUUGCUAUUUUAUUUUUUUUCAGAUUCACACUUAAAGGGUUUUUAAAUAACUUUUUAAAAUAUAAAAAGUGCCAAUUAGAUUUUCCUAAUAAGUCAAUGUUCUGUUCUUUUGUCAUGGUUCAGAAAAAUAAUGCUUCAUUGAUGGAUCAUUAUUGUAAAUAAAUCAGCUGCAGUUCUUGUCUGACUGUAAACACUCCUUCAAUCUCAAAGACUACAGGGAUGAUGUAGACGAGACUCUUAUGCACAGAAAAUGAACUUUUAAUGUGUCACAGUUAACUGUAACAUUUAUGGAUGAAAAUGUAUCUUGCAUUUAUUCAUUGUAAUAAAAUGUUUUUGAUAU